UAUAAACACAACACAGAAAUAACAGCCCAACCUGUCAGUGGCCCUAUAAACCCAAACAACAACAACAAAAAGAACAGCCCAGUACUGGUGUUGUUUCUACUCUUUUACACUAAUCUUUUGUGAUGCAAGUUCAGUAUCACACACUGCUGACAGUGUUAUCAACAGGAAGCUCCAAAAAAGUUCACCACACUGUCAGAAAUAUUAAACAUAUGGUAUUAUAAAGGUCAUCCUAAGUUCCUGAUUACUCUUAAGUUCAGCCUUGUUCAGUGAGUAAGUUCACUGAUCAUAAUUGUUCACAUUCAGCAAAACCACCGUAUUGUUCAAGUGUUCUUGUUCACGAGGAACACUGAAAAGGCAGCAACAAAGUUCAAGCUUUACUUAUAAAUGGAACUUUAUAUUAUUAUCUGAACCAGUAAUGUAUUUAAAACUUGACAGAUGGUAGUAUUACUCUGUUAAACUUUUCUACUGACUGAAAAUGUAAUAAAGUUCAGCUAUUUUAUGGCAUUAAUAUUGAAUUUUAUUUUGUGUUAGUUGUGCAUGUGUAAUAUAGUUGUCAGUCAUGGAAGAAUAAUAUUAUUUGUUGUGAGAACAUUGUAUAUCAAGGAAUUAUUUCCUCGUUCCUUUAUUAUCCCUGUUUAGUGCAUUCAUAUGUACAUCUGAGCUAAUAUAUGUCUGAGCUAAUUUAUGUCUAAGCUAAUAUAUGUCUAAGCUAAUGUCUUUUCCUUGAAGUCUACCUCAUGUAUGCCAUGCAUAAUCUACCAUGCUAUAUACAUAAGUACAUAAGAAGUUGUAUUUAAUGAUUGACUUAUUUAUCAUAUUCUUUAUUAUUAUUAAUAAUGAUAAGUUGAUUUGAACUUAAAGUUUGUCCAGUGUCCAGCAAAGUUGAAAAUAAUGUUAUUGCUAAAAUUCAUGCAGUGGAAAACAUGCUUUUGACAAUGGAUAAAAAAUUAUUCCAAUUUUGCAUAUUAUGAAGAUUUUGAUAUUGUGAACGUUCGUAAAGAACAUUAUUACUUAGUAACUAAGUUCUUUUUUUUUUGGGGGGGGGGGAUGCUCUAAUAUGGAGUUAUGUAAGUGAUAAACCAUACACUGGUUUAGGGUGCUGUGUUUGUGAGCUUACAUGCAGGGCCAGGAGCCGUGACUUAACCCCUGCAACCAUAUAUAGGUGAGUACACAACUCAUGUAUAAAGUUACAGUCAUGAACAAAAGUGUACCGUACUAACGUAGAUUGUAUUUCAUGUAUGAGGGCUGUACAUGGUCUUAGUGUUCACAAUUGUUCAAUAAUGUCUAAUGUAGAAGUGAACAUGAACAAAGAUAAGGAAGAGAAGCCUUUUCCUUGUUCACUAUGUUCAAAAUCGUUCUCCUCCAACUCUGACCUCCUGAGGCAUCAGAGUGUUCAUUCAGAUGACAAACCAUACCAGUGUUCGCUGUGUCCAAAAUCUUUUGCGAAAAGCUGCGACUUGGCCAGACAUCAGAUCAUUCACACGGAGGAGAGACCUUACCAGUGUUCUGAGUGUCUGAAGUUCUUUAAAGCAAAGUUUAAACUGAGAGAACAUCAAAUGUGUCAUUUGAAAGUCAAACCUUUUCAGUGUCAUGUGUGUCUAAAAUUAUUUUCACGAAAGAUUGGCUUGAAAAGGCACCUCAUAGUUCAUACAGAAGAGAAGCCAUUUGAGUGUUCAGUGUGUCUAAAGAACUUCAGAGAUAAAAGAUCUCUCAGUCAACAUACAAUCGUACAUACCGGGGAGACCUCAUACCGCUGUCACAUAUGUCUAAAAGGCUUCACACACAGUACUUCUCUAAGCAAGCAUAUGAGGAUUCAUACAGGAGAAAAGCCAUACCAGUGCUCAAUAUGUGAAAAAAGCUUCAAACAACAGGGUCAGCUGGCAAUACACAGGAAAGUUCACACUGGGGAGAAACCAUACCAGUGUUCCCUGUGUUCAAAACAGUUUGCCAUAAAAUCCAACCUGGUUAGACACGAGAAACUCCACACGGGAAUUAAACCAUACAGGUGUUCUGAGUGCCUUAAAGACUUUGUUAUAAAGUCAAGACUAACAGAACACAUGGUAUCACACACCCAAGAAAAACACCAUACUUGCCCAGUGUGUUCAAAAAGUUUUAAAAUAAAAAACUCCUUAAAAACACAUAUGAAAAUUCAUAGCAAAAAAGUCCUUAGUAAAAAAAAAGUGACUGAAAAGCCAUUUAAAUGUUAUAAAUGUCUUAAAGGCUUUGUGUACAAGACUAAUUUACUGAACCACAUGAGCAUUCACUCACAAGAAUCAAAAUAUAAUAAUAUUCAGAAUCUGAAAGAUUUUAGGAAAGAAUCACUUUGUGAAACUGCUGACAACAACAGUCUGUAAGACCUGACAACAGUAGUGUGUAAGACCUGGCAACAACAGUGUGUAAAACCUGACAACAGCAGUGUGUAAGACCUGACAACAACAGUGUGUAAAACCUGACAAAAGCAGUGUGUAAAGUCUGACAACAACAGUUUGUAAAAUCUGACAACAACAACUAUGUAAAACCUGGCAACAACAGCUGGGAUAAAUGAGUUUCCUUGGAGACAUAUUAUAUACUUCUUCUUUCUUUCAACACACCGGCCAUAUCCCACCAAGGCAGGGUGGCCCAAAAGGAAAAACGAAAGCUUCUCCUUUUACAUUUAGUAAUAUAUACAGGAGAAGGGGUUACUAGCCCCUUGCUCCCGGCAUUUUAGUCGCCUCGUACAACAUGCAUGGCUUACGGGGGAAGAAUUCUGUUCCACUUCCCCAUGGAGAGAACAGGAAAUAAACAAGAACAAGAACUAGUAAGAAAAUAGAAGAAAACGCAGAGGGGUGUGUACAUAUAUAUAUAUGCUUGUACAUGUAUGUGUAGUGUGACCUAAGUGUAAGAAGAUGUAGCAAGACGUACCUCAAAUCUUGCAUGUUUACGAGACAGAAAAAUGGACACCAGCAAUCCUACCAUCAUGUAAAACAAUUACAGGCUUUCGUUUUACACUCACUUGGCAGGAUGGUAGUACCUCCCUGGGCGGUUGCUGUCUACCAACCUACUACCUAUAACAUAUUAUAUACAUUAACAUAAAAAACAGCACAGUAGUAGGGAACAGUCAAGGUUUGAACCCAUUGCCAUAGGUUCGAGUCCUAUCUGUUCCCUGGUUUGUUUGUAAUCAUCUUAUUACUAUUUUGUGAGUUGUCAGUUGAAGAUUAAUGUGUUGUGAACUCAUACAUAAAAUGAAUAAAGAGGAAGGUGGAUGGAGGCUUAAACUGUGGUCUCCAGAUUAACAGUUCCGCUGCUUUCUCUUCAUUCAUUGACAGUCAUUUAUUAUGACUUAAAUUAAAUUUAUACAUAAAAUGUUCAUGUACAGUGGUACCUCAGGAUACGAACUUAAUUCGUUCCAGAAGUCUGUUCGAGUGCUAAUACUGAAUGAAUUUGUUCCCAUAAGGAAUAAUGUAAAUUAGAUUAAUCCAUUUCAGACCCCCAAAAAUACACUUACAAAAGCACUUGCAUAAAUACACUUAGGUAAUUAUUCGAGUUUUGAGCUGUUCGUAUCCCGAGGUACCACUGUAUUAUGUUCAGUAAAUCACAGUCACAAAUAAUCAGUUACUUACCUGUAUUAAAAUAUUAGUUAAGUCAAACAAUGACAGCAACUGGAAUGGGAGUAUUAUUGUCCUGUGAUGAUAGGUUAGUAGACAGCAACCACCCAGGGACAUGAUACCAUCCUGUGGUAGUAGGGUGGUAGACAGCAACCACCCAGGGAGAUACUACCAUCCUGUGGUAGUAGGUUGGUAGACAGCAACCACCCACUGAGGUACACCUACCAUCCGACUUACGACCGAGUUCGGUUCCGAGAAACCGGUCGUAAGUCGAAAUGGACGUAAGUCGAACUUUACUACUGAAUAUCAACAUCACAUUUUUGUAAUGACUUUAUUUUAUUGUUUUAUUUUGGUAUUUCAUGUUUUACUUUACUUUUUAUGUUGUUAUUACUGUAUUUUAUACUGUAAGGUUUAGGAUAAACACUGUGUACAACACAAAUAGUUGUUUAUUUCCCAGAAAUUUGGCAAAAAAAACACGGUCGUAAGUCGAGUGGUCGUAAGUCGAGCAGGUCGUAAGUCGGAUGGUAGGUGUACUACCAUUCUUUGAUAGUAGGUUGGUCGACAGCAACCGCCCUGAGAGGUACUACCAUCCUGCCAAGUGAGUGUAAAAUGGAAACCUGUAAUUGUUUUACAUGAUGGUAGGAUUGCUGGUGUGUGUUUUUCUGUCUCAUAAACAUGCAAGGUUUCAGGUACAUCUUGCUACUUCUACUUACACUUAGGUCACACUACACAUGCAUGUAUAAAUAUAUAUAUAUAUAUAUAUAUAUAAUAUAUAUAUAUAUACACACCCCUCUGGGUUUUCUUCUGUUUUCUUACUAGUUCUUGUUUAUUUCCUCUUAUCUCCAUGGGAAAAAUGCCGGGAGCAAGGGGCUAGCAACCCCAUCUCCUGUAUACAUUACUAAAGUUAAAAAGAGAAACUUUCAUUUUUCUUUUUGGGCCACCCUGCCUUGGCAGCCACCCUGCCUGGGCGGCCACCCUGCCUGGGCGGCCACCCUGCCUGGGCGGCCACCCUGCCUGGGCGGCCACCCUGCCUCGGCGGCCACCCUGCCUCGGUGGCCACCCUGCCUCCGUAGCAACUCUGCUUCAGUGGGAUACGGCUGGUUUGUUGACAAGUUUGAAAAGUUUGUUAAUAUGCAUAACAUAAAUAAGUUCUUGGAUGAUUCAUAAUCUAUUUUCUCUUCAUAACACUACAACAUCAGUACCAAGUGAACUUGAUGAGAAGUAUUGUAUAGGCAAGGAUUGUAGCUAGUUUUGUUAUUUUGUGAGAUACAGGUGCUCCUUGACUUACCAUGGUUCCUCUUACCAUGGUUCCUCUUACCAUGGUUUCUCUUACCAUGGUUCCUCUUACCAUGGUUCCUCUUACCAUGGUUCCUCUUACCAUGGUUCCUCUUACCA